AGUUAUGGCGUGUUGAUAAGUGUUUUUAACAUCGGUAACCAAUAGGACUUCGCCUAUUGUUAGGUAAAUGAGUCCCUCACGCCUGAAUAACACAACGCCGAUGCAUUCAAAUAACGGUGUGUGAAAGCAUGGUUAGGUUAAGUUGGAGCGUUUGAAUUCAACCCCGUACAAUGCCGUUUCGCUGUGACUUUUCUGAUGUCCUAACUGAAUUCCAAUUAAAGAACUUUCGCUUGAUCUAUCACAAUUCGGCAGAUUUCACUGAAUCUCCGUUCUUUGGGGUGUUAGUUGUUCUAAUCUACCGCUGUAUCUUCGCCGUCUACUGUUUCUGUUGGCUCAUUGCAGGCAGCGUCCAUCCAACCAAUGGGGAUACCAAAUGGUUUAUCUACCUAAGCAACUGGGCAUACCUAUUUCUUACAAUCUACUACAUAUAUUCGUCUAUUCUUACUGGUAUUUACUACCGUGGAGAAUGGAUGAUAGGAGAAUACGAUGUGCAAGAUAACGACGUUUUAAGACCCAAGUCAAGAUCACGCUUAGGCGAAACUGAGCAACCGCCAGACGAGGAAAUCCGCUAUGAUAAUCCGCUGGACAUGAGGAUCGAAGAGCCGGUACGCUGGUACCACGAGACAUUAUGGGUUAUCUACAACAUCGCCGCGACUAACGCCGUAGCUGUGACUUUGUAUUAUAUUAUAAUUGGCUAUCCCAAGUCCCUCUCGUCCUACACUCCGGAUGGACUGGACAUAAGCACACACGUGCUGAACACGAUUUUUGUCCUUGCGGAUACGUCCCUAAGUCGCGUUCCCGUGCGUAUUUAUCACGUGAUUUAUCCCAUGCUUUUCUUUGUAGUUUACGUAAUGUUUUGCGUCAUGUACUGGGCUGGCGACGGCUUAAACACUUACGGAUACACUUUUAUCUAUAGUUGGUUGGAUUUUACCAACAAACCAGGUGUUGCGACGGCGUUCAUAUUUGGAUACACGUUUGUAGCUUUGGUGAUUGCGCAGUUGAGUCUGUUUGGGAUUAGCAAACUUCGUUUAUUUAUCAGCAAGAGGGUAAAAUUGCACCAAAGAUCGAAGAGGCAGAGGAGCUUGGAGCACGAAACAUGAAUUGAACACGUGAUUUAACCAUGCAGUGGUAGGGUGGGGGGUAGCCAUUUUACAACCCUCCUUUUUAAUGAUGUAAUCAUGUGGAAGCAGAAACCUAUAAGGAACUUAAAACGUAUAGCGCCAGUACAUUUCUUUAGUACCAAGCGUCGGAAUAUUCAAAGCUCAUUAAAAAUUCGAAAGCGAACGUUAUGACCAUAUUUGGAAAAUUCCGCUGUUGGAUAAAGCGUGGAUUUCACU